CCAGGCUGGCUCCAAACCCAUGAAAAUUUGCCAAGUAUAAAAGCUUCUCAAGAAUGAGAUGGAUCCUGGGGCAUCUACCCCCGAGAAGCCAGACAAAGAAAAUUUAGUAGGCAUCAGCAGCAAAGGCCUUGGUGUGUGCGGCUGGAUCCUGUUUUCCCUUUCCUUGCUGUUGAUGAUCAUUACCUUCCCCAUCUCCAUAUGGAUGUGCCUGAAGAUCAUUAAGGAGUAUGAACGUGCUGUUGUAUUCAGAUUGGGACGCAUCCAAGCUAACAAAGCCAAAGGCCCAGGUUUGAUCUUGGUCUUGCCCUGCAUCGAUGUGUUUGUCAAGGUUGAUCUCCGAACUGUUACUUGCAAUAUUCCUCCACAAGAGAUCCUCACCAGAGACUCUGUGACAACGCAGGUGGACGGAGUCGUCUAUUACAGGAUCUACAGUGCCAUCUCAGCGGUGGCUAAUGUCAACGAUGUGCACCAAGCCACGUUUCUGCUGGCUCAGACCACCCUGAGAAAUGUCUUAGGGACACAGACUUUGUCUCAGAUCCUAUCUGGCCGAGAAGAGAUUGCCCAUAGCAUCCAGACCUUACUCGAUGAUGCCACGGAGCUGUGGGGCAUCCGUGUGGCGCGUGUGGAAAUCAAGGAUGUGCGGAUCCCAGUGCAGCUGCAGCGGUCCAUGGCGGCAGAGGCCGAGGCCACUCGUGAAGCCCGGGCCAGGGUCCUGGCAGCAGAGGGGGAAAUGAAUGCCUCCAAGUCUCUCAAGUCGGCCUCCAUGGUCUUGUCCGAGUCUCCCAUAGCUUUGCAGCUGCGCUACCUACAAACAUUGACCACUGUGGCCACCGAGAAGAAUUCCACCAUCGUGUUUCCUCUGCCCAUGAACAUACUGGAGGGCAUAGGUGGUAUCAGCUAUGAUAACUUCAAGAAGCUUCCUAACCGAGCUUGAGGGCCUCUGCUGCGGGUGACAUGCUUAGGGAGUUGGAUCUAUUUCCACGGAGAGUCCAGCAGCUAGGAGUGUGGAAACUCUCAACACAAUUCGGGCAGAGCAACUCCACGCUAGUGUAGCGUUAGCAGGCAAUCAUGUGGUAGAGGCAUCCCCAAACUAAAAGAGAGCAGAAAUAAAGGCUGGAUGCUACUUCUCUAUUCAAGAACAACAAUGA